CCACUUCCCUUUGACUUUACCUUUUGAGCUCUUCCUCCUUUUGAUUGAGAGUUCUUAAUUCCCAAUCUCAAUUAUCCUAACCCUAUUGUGAUCAUUCUUAUUAUCUAAAUCGUUAGCAUAAACCUUGAGUUGACCAUACUUAAGUUCCCCCUAUUUCUCCUGUUGACUUAAUCCAAUUGAUAUUAAAUCAGAAAAAAAAUUAUCAACCGACCAAUCCGCAUCUCAUCAUCAUCCUGAAUCGUUAAACGGUUUUUGAUUAUUACCAGUCUCAAUAUCGCAUUAAAAGAAUCAUAAAUAUUUUCCUGCUUAUCAUUCUCAUACCACCUCAUCGAUCAUCAUCAUUACCCACUCUCGAUCAUCUUAAAAUCAGUAUCAUAUAGACACUUCUUUGUCCUUGGCUUCUUUUUCUCUACCUCUUAAUCUAUAACGUCGCAAAAACAAACGUUCAGUCACAAUGUCUGCUAAAGCUAUCAGAGAAUAUGAUGCCAAACUUUUGGUAGGUUAUUGGUUAGCUCGUGCUCCUCAAUUCGGUGCAGCCUGUCCAGUUCCCAAAUCUUUCAAAUCACCUGAAGUUAAAGUAGCUCAAAUCAGCUGGGAUUCCGCUACCAACACUAUCACACCUGAUGCUAACUUACCAGCAUGGGUGUUCACCGAGAAAUUGGUAGUUAAACCUGAUCAGUUGAUCAAACGUCGUGGAAAAGCUGGAUUACUAGGUUUAAAUAAGACAUGGAACGAAGCAAAGGCCUGGAUCAUUGAAAAGGCUGGUAAACCUGUGAAUGUCGAAGGAGUGGUUGGUACUUUGUCCAACUUUAUUGUUGAGCCUUUUGCUCCUCAUCCUUCCGAUACCGAAUACUAUGUCUGCAUCAACUCUGUCCGAGAGGGCGAUAUGAUCCUUUUCACUCAUGAAGGUGGAGUUGAUAUCGGAGAUGUAGACGCCAAAGCCGCCAAAAUCACCGUCCCAGUUGAUGGUGACUUACCCACCCGUGAUGAAUUGAAAUCCGGUUUACUCGCCGCUGUACCUCCUCAUCGUCAAGACGCUUUGGUCGACUUCUUGGCUAGACUUUACAGCGCCUAUGUCGAUCUUCAUUACACUUACCUAGAGAUCAACCCACUUGUCUGUAUGGAGGCUGCUGAUGGAUCCCCAUCCAUUGCUUUCCUCGAUAUGGCUGCGAAAUUAGAUCAAACCGCUGAUUAUCUCUGUGGUGCCAAGUGGGCUAUCGCUCGUGACACUUCUGGUCCUGUCACGGAUGCUGGUGGUGCCAAGGUUUUUGCCGAUCGUGGUCCUCCAAUGGUCUUUCCUGCUCCAUUCGGUCGGGAUUUGACCAAAGAAGAAGCCUACAUUCAAAAACUCGAUGCUAGUACUGGUGCUUCCUUGAAAUUGACUGUCUUGAAUGCUGAAGGUCGUGUUUGGACUAUGGUGGCUGGUGGUGGUGCUUCGGUUGUAUACUCCGAUGCCAUUGCUGCUCAUGGCUUUGCACAUGAACUAGCAAACUACGGUGAAUAUUCAGGAGCACCGACUAAGAACCAAACUUUUGAAUAUGCCAAGACGAUCUUAGACUUGAUGACCCGAGGAGAACCACACCCCGAAGGAAAAGUCUUGAUCAUUGGAGGUGGUAUCGCCAAUUUCACCAACGUAGCAGCCACGUUUGCUGGUAUCAUCGAUGCUUUGAAGAACUUCAAGGAAGGACUUCAUCGUCACAAAGUCCGAAUCUUUGUCAGACGUGGUGGUCCCAACUACCAAGAUGGAUUGAAGAAGAUGAGGUUGAUUGGUGAAACUCUUGGAAUUGAGAUUCAAGUCUUUGGUCCCGAUACCCACAUCUCUUCUAUCGUCCCCCUCGCCCUUGGAAUCAACAAGCCUGCUGCCAAUGGCCAUACCAACGGAUUAACUGUCACCAAUGGCCACCACGUCAACGGAAAAUCACACACCUCUAACGGCUCUCCAGUGGAGAUGGCCACAAUCGUUCCUAGCAGCCGAGAGGAACACGGUGUAAUCUCGUUUGAACAAAGUGCACCGUCUAAUCGACCCUGGUUCCGCCCUUUUGACGAAAACACUCGAGGAUUAGUUUAUGGUCUUCAACCACGAGCUAUCCAAGGCAUGCUCGACUUCGAUUUCGCUUGUGGUCGAACCAAACCAUCAGUGGCAGCUAUGAUCUAUCCUUUCGGUGGUCAUCAUGUCCAAAAGUUCUACUGGGGUACCAAGGAAACUCUCUUGCCGGUCUAUGCCACCAUCGCCGAGGCUGUCAAGAAACAUCCCGAUGCCGACACCCUUGUCAACUUUUCUUCUUCGCGAUCCGUUUAUCAAUCUACCCUCGAAGCUUUAGAGUUGCCUCAAUUGAAGUCUAUUGCUUUGAUCGCUGAAGGAGUACCCGAAAGACACGCUCGAGCCAUCUUACAUCUCGCUCAGAAGAAGAAAGUCAUCAUCAUCGGUCCUGCUACCGUCGGUGGAAUCAAACCUGGAUGUUUCCGAAUCGGUAACACUGGUGGUAUGAUGGACAACAUUAUUGCUUCCAAACUUUACCGACCUGGAUCAGUAGCCUAUGUUUCUAAAUCUGGGGGAAUGUCUAAUGAACUUAACAAUAUCCUUUCUCUCACUACCAACGGUACUUACGAAGGUAUUGCCAUUGGUGGUGAUCGAUACCCUGGAACAACUUUCAUCGACCACAUGCUCCGAUACGAAGCUGAUCCCAACUGUAAGAUGCUUGUCCUCUUGGGAGAAGUAGGAGGAGUCGAAGAAUACCGUGUCAUUGAGGCUGUCAAAGCUGGUACGAUCAAGAAACCCAUCAUCGCUUGGGCCAUCGGAACUUGUGCCAAGAUGUUUACCACCGAAGUGCAAUUCGGACACGCAGGAUCAAUGGCCAACUCGGAUUUGGAAACAGCUGACGCCAAGAACCGAGCCAUGAGGGCUGCAGGAUUUGUGGUUCCGGACACCUUUGAAGAUCUACCAGCUGCACUUGCCAAAGUAUAUGCCGGAUUAGUCAAGGACGGAACUAUUCAACCUAUGCCCGAACGUGAUCCUCCUAACAUCCCUGUUGAUUACAAAUGGGCACAAGAACUCGGAAUGGUUCGAAAACCUGCCGCUUUCAUCUCGACGAUCUCUGACGAACGAGGAGCCGAGUUGUUGUAUGCUGGUAUGUCAAUCACUGAUGUGUUCAAGGAAGACAUUGGAGUCGGUGGUGUCAUCUCCUUACUUUGGUUCAAACGACGUCUUCCACCAUUUGCGUGCAAAUUCUUGGAAAUGUGCCUUCAGUUAACAGCUGAUCACGGUCCGGCCGUUUCGGGAGCAAUGACCACUGUCAUCACCACUCGAGCUGGAAAGGACUUGAUCAGUUCAUUGGUUGCUGGUCUCUUAACCAUCGGUGACCGAUUUGGAGGAGCCUUGGACGGAGCCGCACGAGAAUUUUCACGAGCAAAGGACACAGGCUUGACGCCUAGGGAAUUUGUUGACACGAUGCGAAGGGCAAAUCGAUUGAUUCCUGGUAUCGGACACAAGAUCAAAUCUAAAUCAAAUCCAGAUAUGAGAGUAGAAUUAGUCAAAGACUUUGCUCGAAAGCAUUUCCCAUCUAACGAAAUGUUAGAUUACGCUUUAGCCGUUGAAGAUGUCACUAGUUCAAAGAAGGAUACUUUGAUUUUGAAUGUCGAUGGUUGUAUUGCAGUUUGCUUCUGCGAUCUUUUGAGGAACUCUGGAGCCUUUACUCGUGAAGAAGCAGAUGAAUAUAUGCAGAUUGGUACUUUGAAUGCUCUCUUUGUCUUGGGACGCAGUAUUGGAUUCAUUGGACAUCAUAUUGAUCAAAAGAGACUUAAACAAGGAUUAUACCGUGCAGAACAAUCUGAUAUCUUUAUUGAUAUGGGAGGUCCUUCUAUCUCAAACCGAGUGGUGGUUCGUCCUCAUUGAAGGAUGGAACAAAAGUCGAAUGGUUUAUAGAGUAUGAGGUUUAGUUUAAUUCAUCCUCAUUUUUUCUCAAAUACAUACAUGAAAGCUUUUUUGUGGGGGCGGGGUGUUUUUAUCAACUUUUUCUUCAUGGUUUCUUUUUUUAAUUCCUUUUUUUAUUAUACAGUAGUAGUAAGCUAGUAGUAAAUCACGUAGUAUGUUUGGUUUUUUUGAUUCAAUGAAAAAUUUAAGUAUCAGAAAGAAAUUCAGACUAUUUUUUUAUCCCUCU